GCCGACCAACACCUCAGCACGGAACGAUGGACAAGGAGGCGCUGGCUGGUUACAGAUUAACCCAGCUGUCGCAGGAUCAACAUGCCUUUCUCAACACUGGUCAAUUUACAGAGAUGCUCACAGAAGCGUUUCGCAACCUUACACUCGAGCGGCUUUGUAUACAACCUUUUCAGGAUAUCUUGACCCGUUACUUUGGCGUCUCCAAGUCCGACCCGAGGCAUCUAGGUCUCCUCCACAGUUCGAUCUAUCAACACCUCCCCAAGGGUCCUUUAGUAAGUAAAAGCUGCGUGUAAAGCAUAUUGCUCUCGCUAGGGAAAUCCGGCACCAAUCCGAAGCUACUGGACAUCUACCUCCCAUAUGCAGAUUUCGAGGACGAAGUAUUCAACAUCCCCAGCUUCAUGCGAGAACCAGUCUUGCCUCUACCCUCUACUGUCGAGAGUUUACAUCUCUGCCUUAGGCUUAGCUACGUAUACAGCGAGGUGCCUUACGAAGAACAUCUGGGGGAGUACCUACGCCUAUCAAUCAACGACGCGGAAGAUGGGGUUUUUUUUCACCUGGCUAGCGCGCCCAACCCAGUGUCAUAGCCCUACGCAUAUCGUCUCGCUAGACGAGAGACCCGUGCAUAUGGAACAUCUGGACUCUCCGAUGUUCGCAAACCUCAGAGAGCUUGAGGUCUACGGCCCCGAUAUACACUACCAAGAGAUAAUUUUGAUUAUCCGCAAAUUCUCGCCGAUUCUACGAAAACUAGUUAUCAAUCAUGUAUAUAUUCACAACUUCCGCAAGUUCCAUGUGGCUUCUAUCAUCAGCCAACUUUCCUCUUUCGCCGGCCCCCUUGAGAAUGUCAAACUUCACCUGCUGGGGAAAGCCACCGGGCGGAAUGUCGUGGUGCAGUUUCGUCAGGGUAGUCGGGUCUCUCAUACGUUCUCUUACGCUGGCUCCAACCUGAGGGAAGAGUUGGAGGGCUUGCGGUUUGACGUUGCAGCCGUGCGCGACCUACAUUUGUGUUGUCCAGAGGAGGAUGUCGGCGCGAUGGAAUAUUAUAUCCCUUCGGACACUGAGAUGGGUAGGUUGGACGAGAGAUGGGAGGUACCUACCGAGAGAAUGGAAACGGCAGAUAGGUACCCAAGGUAGGAGGCGUAUAGAGGACUCAGGUAUGCAGGUAUUCUCGGCAUUGCAUAACAUGUAUUGUGCACAGCCGUGUAUACAGGUAGGUACCAUAUAGUAAGAGGUACCUCAGGUAAAGCCCGGAUGGGCGACGGCGGGGCCCGCCUUCUAGCGUCGAAAGCGGCGGCCGAAGCCCAUUGGCCAAUCUCGCCGUG